UGGUGGUAUCCAAUAAUAUCACUCCACGUAGAUAAACACACACACAAAUCAAAGACCCAAAAACCAGUUCACAUAAUAUUGCUACACGACGACCGACUUCACUUUCGGGGCUCCGAAUAGAUAGUUAGAUCCAGUUCACAAUGGAGAGGAGGGGAGGAAUUAUCCGGUGCGGCGCGGCGGCGUACGCUCUUCUGUGCCUCCUGAUUUUGAGCACCGUGAGCCGUGUGCCGGCGCUUUCGGUGACGGUCAACGACGAGGAGUGCAUAUACGACUACGUUUUGUACGAAGGCGACACCGUUUCCGGCAAUUUCGUCGUCGUCGAUCACGAUAUCUUCUGGAACUCCGAUCAUCCAGGCAUCGACUUCACUGUGACAUCUCCAGCGGGUGAUACCGUUCACAAUAUGAAAGGAACAGCUGGUGACAAAUUUGAGUUCAAGGCCCCUAAAAGUGGAAUGUACAAAUUUUGUUUCCAUAAUCCAUUUUCCACGCCAGAAACAGUCUCUUUCUAUAUACACGUCGGCCAUAUUCCCACCGAACAUGAUCUCGCAAAGGAUGAACAUUUGGACCCCAUUAAUGUCAAAAUUGCUGAACUGAGGGAGGCACUCGAAUCUGUUACGGCAGAGCAGAAUUACUUGAAAGCGCGCGAUACUCGUCAUCGGCAUACCAACGAGAGCACAAGAAAGCGCGUCAUAUUUUACACUGUCGCAGAAUACAUACUGCUAGCACUUGUAAGUGGACUUCAGGUUGCCUACAUUCGUCGCCUGUUCAGCAAAUCGGUGGCAUACAAUCGCGUCUGAUUACACUCAGAAAACAUUUUUCCUCUAGAAAUGCUUCUAAUGUGAACGGUAAAAAGGUAAAAAGAGUGAGGAGGAAAGUGAAUUGUGUGGUUUUGUAUACUGAAAAUGGUAAUUUAUUUUGCAGUCCUUUUGAUUAUUUAUUUAGGGAAUCUAGAUAUAGAUGUGAAAUACUGAACUUUAGUUUUCUCAUGGGAUUUAUUAUGAGUUGCCGAUAGAUGAUUGAUCUUUUCUCAAACCUUUUUAGAGGAU